UCUUUGUUUCUGAAAACACUUCUUCUGUUUUCCCCCUCAGGUGCUUUUUAAUUUUUUGGCCUGUUGUCAGAUCUUGUUGUUGUGUUUAAUCUUGUUGUUAAAGAGGAGAAUUUAAGAGGGGGGAGUCAUUUAAGAUUGCGAGGAGUACUUUUUCUUGUAAGCUUUUAAUGGUUUUCUGAAACUCUUUUUGAGUCUCAAAUAAAACCGAAAGAGCUGAGCUAAACGGGUGGCAAUAUUUUCUGGAUUGUUGCUUUAAAAGAUCUAUAUAUUCAAGCAAAUGUUAUCACUGAAACAAGCAGAGGAAGACAUGGUCACCAGCUUUAACGAGAAUGAUCAACAUGAAGAGAAAGAUGAAGAAAUUAUGGAAGAUCACUCAAAGUUUGGCCUCAAAAGUUUUCUUUGGCAUGGCGGUUCUGUAUAUGAUGCCUGGUUUAGCUGUGCCUCAAACCAGGUUGCUCAGGUUUUGUUGACUCUUCCCUACUCUUUCUCUCAACUGGGAAUGCUAUCAGGCAUUAUAUUGCAGAUAUUUUACGGUAUUCUAGGAAGCUGGACGGCUUAUCUUAUCAGUGUUCUUUAUGUCGAGUACCGAAGCCGAAAGGAGAAAGAGAAUGUCAGCUUCAAGAACCACGUCAUACAGUGGUUUGAAGUGCUGGAUGGUCUUCUGGGUCCGUACUGGAAAGCUGCUGGAUUAGCCUUCAAUUGUACUUUUCUCCUCUUUGGAUCUGUCAUCCAGCUUAUAGCUUGUGCAAGUAAUAUAUACUACAUAAAUGACAACUUAGAUAAGAGGACAUGGACUUAUAUCUUUGGAGCUUGUUGUGCCACCACUGUGUUCAUCCCCUCAUUUCACAACUACAGAAUUUGGUCUUUUCUUGGCCUUGGUAUGACCACCUACACAGCCUGGUAUUUGACCAUUGCAGCCCUUGUUCAUGGCCAGACUGAUGGUGUAACUCACUCAGGCCCAUCUAAAUUGGUUUUGUAUUUCACAGGCGCCACCAAUAUACUUUACACUUUUGGUGGACAUGCCGUCACCGUAGAAAUUAUGCACGCUAUGUGGAAGCCUCAGAAAUUCAAGUACAUAUAUCUCCUUGCCACCCUUUAUGUGUUUACCCUAACCAUUCCAUCAGCUGCUGCUGUUUACUGGGCAUUUGGUGACCAGCUCCUCACCCAUUCCAAUGCAUUCUCACUGCUUCCACGCAGUGGAUGGCGUGAUGCUGCAGUUAUCCUGAUGCUAAUUCACCAGUUUAUAACAUUUGGGUUUGCGUGUACUCCAUUAUAUUUUGUGUGGGAGAAAGUGCUGGGAAUGCAUGACACAAAGAGCAUAUUUUUGAGGGCACUUGCCCGGUUACCUGUGGUGAUACCUAUAUGGUUCUUGGCCAUUAUAUUUCCUUUCUUUGGUCCUAUUAACUCUGCUGUGGGGGCUCUUUUGGUCAGCUUCACCGUCUACAUCAUUCCUGCUUUAGCCCAUAUGCUCACUUACAGAUCAGCCUCUGCUCGAAAGAAUGCAGAAGAGAAGCUUCCCUUCUUCCUCCCAAGUUGGACAGCCGUGUAUGUGGUGAACGCAUUUGUGGUCGUAUGGGUAUUUGUCGUUGGCUUCGGAUUAGGCGGGUGGGCUAGCAUGACCAAUUUCAUCAAACAAGUCGACACAUUUGGACUUUUUGCCAAGUGCUAUCAGUGCCCGCCCCCAACGCCUGCAACAACACAUCACUGAGUAUGGUUCUAAACUUUGUUGAACCUGAAAUCUUCCCAAAUUUCCACCACAGCAUUCUUACAUUCUCUCUUGUAUAUAAACAGGGAAGCUUCACCAUCUCCCCGUAUAUGUAGGUUGCUGUAUUUUGCCCUCUUUUGUUCUUUGGUUCAACAUUUAUAUAAAAAUUACUAGAUGAUUUUGAAUGGUGAA